CGGUGGCAGCCAGCCCGCCUCCUCACACCGGGAAUGACUAGGGGAAUCUCAGCUUCAUCUUCACUCUUCAGAGAGCAGUCUUUUCUCUGUGCAGCUGGAGAGACUGGUGAGCAGAGGUGGAUCCAGGUUCUUAAGAGUCCUGUGGGGAGGGGCUCUCAGGUGCUUCUGGGUUGGGGUGAGCAAGCCUACACAGACAGGGGUGCAUACGUACCAGCCGGAACUUCCAGCCCCCACCCCUCUUCGUCUCAUCAGUGUGUUAAGUGCAAUGACCUAUUUAAAGUAAACCCAUUCCACCUACACCAGUUCAGGGCUUAUCCAAGCACUGCCUCACCCCUCUGUCCAAGUUUCCUGGAUGACAAGCUCAGCUUAAGAGGGAAGACCUUGGGUUGAGGGCUUGUGAUCAGAAAAACUGAAGAUGGAAGUUUUGGUCAGUACUAAAGUAUAUUAGAUACGAGUCCUCACCCUGUGUCCUGAGCCUGAGUCAUUUUUCUUCUUCCAGUCACCUUGCCCACACACACUUAUCCCAGACAUGACAACAUGUGGACCGACAGUCCCCGCCUCCACCCUAAAGGUCAUCCCACCACCACCACCAGACUCGGGGGCCCAAGGGCAGUGCCUGGUGCCGCUCCCAUCUGCUGUCCCCCUCCUUUCCUGCAAUUGGUUUGUACUCAUUGGGCUGUGCUCUCUUCCCUGUUUACCUGAUGUAUGGAAAUAAAUGUCCUUUUCCUCUUG